AUGCGAAAACCAAAAGCAAAAGCCAAAUCGAAAGCUGACCCCGCAAAGCCCAAAGCUAAAGCAAAGGCGAAAGGGAAAGCAAAGUCGAAGGCCAAGGCUGCGAAAUCGCAGCAUGACGAGACUUCGAAGGAGUCGAACGCCAAGGCUGCGAAAUCGCAGGAUUCCGAGUCUUCGAAGGAGGCUCCCGGGUCACCUUCAGACGAAGUUGAUAAGGAGCUCGAAGAAGAGCUUGAAAAAGAGAUGCUGGCUGAUGACAAGCCUGAUGCUUUGGUUGAGGCCGUGCCCCGGAAAAGGAUUUGCCCGGAUGACGAUGAUGAUGAGCCCAAACCGCCCCGCAAGCGCCGGGAAGGCCCCGCCAAAACCUUUGCCAACCGACCCAUGCCCAGCAAAGACGUGUGGGCCAAGCAGAGAUUCGAGAGCAUCCGCGACGCCUAUCAGUUGUAUUGCCAGCCCCGUUUGAAGUCACCUUCAACACAUGCAGAUGCAUUCUGGAAGCAUUGCUUCGAGUUGGUUGGCCCGGGCAAGAAGGCCGAUGGCUUGGCCCUGAAGAAGAUCUGCAAAGAGCGAGCCGAAUCUUUCCU